GUUUGAUAGGCGACUGGUGUGGUAGCAGCAACGAAAGAGCACCUUAAUACUGUCACUGUAACCAGUAUGUUCAGUCUGCCAUUACCAUGAAACCGCUGGAGGCUAUUCGCUGUACCCACCCGAACUGUACUUGUGAAUGUUUCUCUCCAGAAAAACAGUGCAUACGAACAUGUGAAUCCUGCAAACAUGGAUGGGUCACCCAUGCUCUGGACAAACUUGGCUUUAACCACGUAUUUAACCUAGGUAUGCAAGUAGAAGUUGUACAACCUAAUAUAGUAUUUGACAUCGCUAGUCUGAUGCUCUAUGGAUCACACGCUACCCCCGUUCGUCUAAAGAUCCUUCUCGAUCGUUUAUUUAGUGUCCUACAACAUGAUGAAGUUUUACAAGUUCUCCACGGGUUUGGAUGGAAAUACGAGGACUACGCACGAGGUUAUAUUUUACAGGAUAGUUCUGGACGAGUGCUAGAUAAAUGGGUGUUGGCCUCAAAAGAAGAAGAAAAUAUCAUCAUUCAACAGUUCCUACGAUUCGGCGAAACAAAAGCCAUAGCUCAGGAGAUUCUCCUGCAAGGAACGAAAGAGACACAAGAUUUGUACAUAAAACAAACCACAAGGGCUGAUUCCGAAAUUAAAAAAUUUAUGGAACGAAGCAAUAUGACAAUGCACAACUAUAUGAGGAGUAUUGAAACACGGCAACUUUUUCCUGGACGUUUUCCUUUUAACAUCCCACCAGUAGCACGGCUCAUGACUCCUCCUGGACUACCAUCGAGCUUCUCACCAUCGGGAGAUAUACGACCAUUAGUUCUACCAUCUACCUCUACACCAAUCACAACAUCACCGUUAAAUCGAUUACAGACUAUGCAACCAUUUGAAUAUCAUCGAGAACACGGAAGUCCCAACCCAAGUCCUAACCCACUUGAGAAACCUGUCACAGUCACUGUCACGUCUCCUUGUGCGAGUCCUAAAAAUCUGAGCACCACCUCCACAUCAGUUAACUCUUCGCCUUCUCCAGUAUCAAAUCACAAGUUUUCAGAAAGUGAUGGAGAGAACAUUAUCAUAUCAAGUCUGUCAACGAAAGAAGAACCGACACAGAAUGCGAUUGAUUACUCCACUAAGGACGACUCGUAUAUGUCUGACCUUGAGAGAAAAGCUAAGCACAUGAGAAAGUCAUCUAAUCCUAUAAAGCGCCAGUGGCAGCCAUCAGCUGGUUUUGGGAGCACCUUCAUGGGUCCAAAUGGUAAAAAGAGAACGCUGUGUUCAGCAUGCAACAAGACAUUCUGUGAUAAAGGGGCCCUUAAAAUUCACUACAGCGCAGUUCACCUGAAAGAAAUGCACAAAUGCACAGUGGACGGAUGUAAUAUGAUGUUCAGCUCGCGCCGAAGUCGAAAUCGCCACAGUGCUAAUCCAAACCCCAAACUACACAUGCCUCAGAAACGUAAGGAAGAUUCACCAAGAAUGGAUGACAGUAACGGAAUGAGUGACAAUCCACCAACAAUGGUUCUUCCACACAUGAUCCCGAGAAAUCCAAUGUCCUCCAUGGACUCUCCUGGGAUGAUUCAACCCGACCCCAGAUACUUCCUGGAUCUGAAUAAUCAGCUCCCUUACUUCCCCAGCCCGGAAAAGUGGUCAAAGUUGGAACUCUCUGAAUCUGAAGAUGAACCCAAGGAUCUCAGUAAUCACAGUAACCAUGGUGAUAAUCAUGACAGGAAUCGGUAUAAUGAUGCUAAUGAUGGUGAUGCUGAAGAUGGGAGAUCAGAAAUGAUGCUGCAUAAAGGAGGAAGCAGACGGAAGAAUAAUGCGCCAACUCGCUGCACACAGUCUGAUGACAUGUAUGUCAUGAGUGACGAUAAUUCUGAUGACAAGGAUCCAAAUGAGAGGAGUCACCAGGUCAGAAGUCGAUCUGGAACAUUCGAGGGCAGAAGUUCCGAUGAAUAUCAACUAGAAAAACGUUUCAAGACUGAACCGAAAAGUGGAUUAGACAAUUCAGAUGAUAUGGACAUGGGAAAUGAGUCGGAUGAUGAAAAACCUGUCACUCCAGCCAAGAAAAACGGAAAAAGUGACGCCUGUAAUUUUCCCAAAAUAGCAUCCCUUUUAACCAACAGUCUUCCAGUAAGAUGCUGUCCUCCAAUUACAGGAUCUUUCUCAUCUCCUAGUGAAGAAUGUCCCAGUCCUGCUCAACAUGAUUCCGAUCAAGAAUCCAAUGAUUCGGCUGAUUCGUUGUCACCGAAAGAAAAUGGAGAUUAUUUGGAUUUAUCAGCCAGCGAAAUCCCCAUUGAUAAAGAGAAUCCCAAAAAGUGUGUCGCCUGCGGUAAAAGUUUUGGAAAUGCCUUUGGUGUCAAAAUUCAUUACCAGAAUGUUCACCUGAAAUUGAUGCAUCCUUGUUCUAUUGACGGCUGCAAUGCCAGGUUUCCUUCCAAAAGAAGCAGGAAUCGUCACGCCAGUAACUUGAAUUUACAUCGAAAACUCCUCUCUACAGAGGGCGAUUUAUCAGACAAGAACAACGAAGGCUCUGUGCAGGAUUUGCGUGAGGAUAUCAUCAAGCAACUGUAUGGUCCCCAGCAUUUGAUUGGGUACGGAAAACCAGAGAGUAAUCGAACUAAUGGUCGUAAAAGUCCAACUUCUGAUGGACGAAGCAAUCACAGCAAAGAGGAAGAAGAUGAAUAUGAAGGAGAAGCCGAUACUGAUGACAAAAUGGACACAAGCGCAACAGAAAAGGAAUCCCCGGAGGUCAAUGGUAACGAUACGUUAGACUGCCACAUCUGCGACAUAAAGUUUGAGGAUAGCCUUGCGCUACAGGAACAUUUUGAAACGAGUCACCCGAAAGAAACCAUACAAAACGGCCGAGAUAAAAUAUUCACGACAACGAGAAAAAGUAGAAGCAGACAUCGUAUAAACGGGAAUCUCCAUAGUAACAUGGUCAGUGGCAUCUCCUGAUAAAUUCAUAUGGGGACGAAGCUGUCGCUUUUCACGUGAUGCUUCUUCUAUACAAUGAAAUCACAAAGAGCCUUGAUCUGAUUGGUAGAAACUUUAGACUGUUAAAAACGUAGAUGUUACGAAUCAUAGAAAUGUUAGUUCAACAAUUCCACGACAUAUUUUUUAGUAUUACAUUUUUUUUCUUUCCAGUUUUCCAGUCAUUAGAACACUUGUGCCAAAUAACGGACCAAUUUUUUGUAGCGGGAUUUUCAUUAAUAUGAACAUCUUGAAUGUGCUUUCAUCCGAGGAUUAUUUCAUACAGAAGUUAAACAUUACAACAAUUUUAAAAAGUGUAUUAUAAUCCAGUGUAGAAAAAACUAUGCAGUUAAAUUUGUUGAAACGUUGUUUUUUUUUAAACGGACAUCAGUUAUUAGUUUACGAAUGAACAUUGCAGCAUUAUUACUCAUUUAUUGAUCGCUGAUGAUUAAUUGGUGUUUUGAAAAGGAGAAGAUAACUCUAAAGGGUGUGACAUGUGAAACCAUGGUGAUGUCAUGGUGAUGGCCUUUGCCCUGUCAAGUGUAUUAAGCAAUAAUUAUACAUAAUUUAUAUAAUAUAUAAACAUAGUAAUAAAUUAGUUGUAAAUAGCCACGUUAGACAUUAGAAAUAUAGCCACACAAUUCACAAUCUGACUAAAAUACAGAUCUAUAUUUCGUUUCGUUUUUUUAUACUUUCAAUGGCCUACACUACAUGAAGAUCUGACAAGUUGUACUAAAAGGUCAUGUCAAGAAGUCGCCGUAACAGACCGUUUCAUUGGCUUAUCCUUCAUUUCAACCAAAACGCCAGUAAUAUAACAACUCUUCCAGAUCCUAGCAUUGUAAAGACAAGUAAAACGAAAUUUUGAACUAUAAAAACAAACGAAAUAGGAUCUGUGUUAUAAUCAGAUUGCACAGUUCAUAAUUAGACAUUUUUACACACACACACAUAAAAACACAGAAUUUGAAAAAAAUUAAUCAUGUAAUGUAAUUGAAUAUUAUGCAAUUAGCAAUUAUUUUACAUAGCGUUUAAGUUGUUUUUUGGUUUAUUAAGUGUGUGUAUGAUUGUUGAUUUUUCAUGAAAUGCAAUUUGAUUGAAUAACAUUUGUUUUCUUUUCAAAUUAUCCAACAAAUGACGCUUUUUGAUUAGCGAGGUUUUCGGGACAAGCGUGCAAUUUAAUUACAAAAAUAUUGUAACACACGACACUGUUGUUAUUUUUGAAAAUCUUUCUUUUAAAGGUGAUAAUUGAGUUACGAUACCAGUAU